AUGACCGUUGUAGCAACAUGGAAAGAAACUAACAGACGUCUGAGGUUAUGGGAAAUAAUCGAGGGACAAACAAAUUUAAAAUUAGCAGGCAAAAAAAUCAUACCCAAAGAGCUCGAAUUACAUCCGACAGAGAUCUAUGAAUUUUAUUCGCAUUCUCGUUUAACCAUAUCCGAUAGUAAACAUCUCGCGCUACACUUAAAAACCGAUAAUAUUUGUAUUUAUAAUUUAAACACAGAAAAUCAGAAUAGAUUAAGUGCACCAGAUCUUGAAAACAAAAUGGACAGUUGGAGUUUUAUUAAAAACGAUGACUUCAUAGUUGUCAAAGGGGAACCGAUAUAUCGUGCCUAUAUAUUUUCCUAUGAUAAAAGGGAUAGUGAUAAUUGGAAUUGCAAAAGAAUGAUUGAAUUAAAGUACUUUACAUGGAGUUACAUAGAUUUUAAUGAAAAAUUGUUUCUGGCCAUCGAGGAUACUUUAAUUUUAUCGCAAUGGAAUUUGGAUGGUUUAGUACUUGAGCAACAAUACAUGCUAGAGAGCUCUAAACGUUGUAGAAUCACACAGAACAGAAACUCGACAUUGUUAGUAGUUCAGGAAUUAGAUGUGCUAUUUAUUUAUUCAAUGGAACUUGGAAUGAGGUUGACACGACUAGAGGAAUCGAAUUCUAAGAUAUCUUUUAUUGGCACUGAUAUUGGCGAGCGAAUGAUGAUAUCAGGGACAUGGGGAAAUUGCAAUAUAGUUGAUCCUUUCGAAUUACAUCCUCAAGAUAAUCUUAAAGGCGCAAAAAAACUUUUUGGGAACGUGGAAACUGGUAUGCCAUAUGUCAUACAAUUAGAUAAGGUUAUUGGUUGGUUUAAAAAGGAUCUGUGUAUUCGGUCGUUAAUACCAGAUGAAUGGAUUAAGCAUUUAAGGAAAGAGCUAAAAGAUUUCAAGGGUUUCGGUUCUUCCUACGAAGUUUCGCAAGUCAAAGAUAUGGUUGACAAAAUCAAAAAUAAUAUCACCGGAAUAACAUUCAAAGACCAAUUAAAACCCUAUGACGAUGGGCUCGGUUUUCAGUACAGUUAUGAAGGGUCUUUACUAGAAUGGAUUGUAAGAAUCGACGCCGAUUACGAAUCCGCAUACAUUGAGUUGGCGGCACACGAAUUCGAAAGCAAAACGGAAAAAUGGAGAAGAGUAGAACCGAAGAGAAUAUUUUCCAGACAUAAAGAAAAUUAUGGAAAAGAUUUCAUUAUAAAUUGUAAUCCACUUGCGAAUGAAAAUCUAGCUAUGAUAACACGCGCUGGAAUUUAUAUAUGGACGGUGAAUUCGAAAAACGAAAUAAGAAGAAUUCAAUUACUUUAUUUCUGGGACAAUGAGCUAAAACGUAAAAAUUUCGAAACAUCAAGCAUAAUCAACAUGUUAAAAAAUUUUUUACUUAGUUGCGCACAAUCGAAAAAUUAUCUUCCAACGAUGAACUUUACUUUGGUACUCAAAGAUUCUCAUCUUAAUCCCGUGUGUCGUCAGGAAUGGAUAGAUUAUUAUAAAAACGACAAAAUGUUUCUUGCCCAUUAUGGAACGCCGUGGAUCAAGCGAUUGAUAGACCUAAAAGAAGAUCAAAUGAUUUAUGAGCUAUUGAAAAGAUGCAUUGAAUUGAGCAUUGAACAUGGACGUAUAAAAAACACAAUAUUCUUAGGUAUUAUUGCCACAUCAUUUCCGGAAUUAUCCCAAAACUAUAGAGCCUAUGUCUCAGAAUUCUUAUCUCGUUUGGCUUUUGUUGUACCCUGUCGUAAUAAAGAUUUGGAAUUAAUCAAUCGUUACUCAACAUUUAAACACCUUCAUCAUUACGGAACUUACAUCCAAAUUUCUGAAACAUCAUCAGUUGAUCGGGUUAUCUCCUGGUUAUUUUAUCGUAAGACUCGUGAUUUUAUUAGUAAAAUAGGAAUAUCUACUUUCAAAUCCGAGCCCAAUUUAACGAUCCGGUUAAUGAUCCCUUUACCCAAGUUUGUCACUUAUCCUGAUUCAUAUAAUUCUUUGAUGGAUUUUAUUUAUCCGGCACCAAGCCCCUUUGUAAUGUCUUAUAACAUCGACCUAUAUAAAAUUUUAAUUGGCGAGGCUCUCCUUAACUUUAAAUGGAAUACAUACGGAAGGAAAUAUUAUUUUAUUGUUUGGGGGAUAUAUACAAUUUUCCUUUGCAGUUUUGUGAUUGCGGCAACCUUAUCUAAUCAGAUUCCAUGGAACGUCCAGCGAUAUCUAUUAGAGGGUGUAAUCGCACUUGGGGUUUAUCACUUAAUUUUUGAAAUAAGACAACUAAUAUUUUCACCAAUUUUCUAUAUUACUAGUCCUUGGAACUAUUUUGACUUGGGUGCAAUAAUAUUUCCGAUUAUGACGUCAUGUAUAUGGCUUCAAAGUGGGACGAUUCCAACCUGGGAAGCUACCAUCUCAACUUUGUUGUUAGAAUUAAAAUUUUUAUUCUACUUUCGGGCUCUAGAUUACUUCGGUGUUUAUUUUGCAAUAAUAAUAGGAGUUGCCGGCAGGGUCUUUUCCUUUUUAGUCAUCCUAGGAAUCAUUCUAUUUGCAUUUGCAAAUUCUUUAUAUUUAUUAUUGAGGCCAACCACAGAUUAUUCGUUGGAUGUUUUAACCGAUUCGAGUGAUCCAAAUAAUCCUUGGAAUUUGGCGAAAAAAUAUGGAACUAUUUCUGAUGGUGUUCUUCUAGAAGGCACCUCGUUUAUUGAACUUCCCGAUGAGAGCACAAAUAUGUUCACGGGGCUUUUGAGUUCUAUAUUGGCCACUUAUCUCAUGUUGACAGCCCACGUUGCCAUGAUUCGUGAAAUGUUAAAGGAAAUUCCAAGGGACGAACUCAAGCUUUUUCAAGGUCUUCUUAAUGCAAUUCAAAUGGAACCUGCAGAAUCUGUGGAGUCGCAAAAAAUGGAAUCUUUAAUUAAAAGAUCAGUUCAGGAGUCGAUUAUGGAACUACAACAGAUAAGUAAGAUUGAAACUUUAACGGACGAAAUCAAGAGUCUCACCAAAAAAUUGGAUGAAAUUUUGGAUGGGAUGCAAGGUUUAUCAAUGAAGGAAUAA